AUGUGCGCCCUCUAUAAGUAUUGCUUUAUAAUUUUAAAGAAAAGCGUGUUUAGUAGAUAUGGGGGAAACGAAAUCCACAAAAUUUUGAAAACCCGCUUUUCUACCUUCUUUCUUCUUUCAUCUCCGGCUCUCCGUAAUCGAUUGUCCCCUCUCCCUCCUUCUCCAUCUUCUCCAAUCCGCUUCACCAUCUUCAUCUUCUCCCUUAUAAACCCUAGUGUAACAGUGUCGGUGAAUGAGAAGAAAUUCAUCGAGUCUGCAUUACGAUCUGACCUUAGAGUUAACGGUAGGCGUCCUUUCGAUUAUAGAAAACUAUCUAUCAUCUUCAGAAGAGAAGAUGGUUCAUUAGAGAUCCAGCUUGGACAGACUCGAGUUAUGGGAUUUGUCACGGGACAACUAGUACAACCUUAUCAAGAGAGACCUAAUGAAGGGACACUUGCAAUCUACACUGAGUUCUCACCUAUGGCGGAUCCUUUCGUUCGAUUCAGGGAAAGCAGGGCAGUAGACACUGAGGUUAAGAAGCUUGCAAGUUUUCUAAAGCAGUCUACACCAGAAGACAUUGAUGAUUUGGAUGAUAUUGAUGCAGUUAUAAGCUACAUGCCACAGGGGGAGACAUGUGCAGCAGAAGGUAAAGAAGUAAUAAUUGCAAAGACACAAGAAUUUCUAGCUCUACUGCCCAUUGUUAGAGAUCAGAUAACUGAUGGUUUUAGCCCCGAGGCAUGUGAAGUACUUCAUAGAGAAUUUGAUUUCUUUGAAAAACUCACCACUAUAUCAGGUGCUCUGUAUCCACUCUCCAAAGAAGAAAGGAGAGCUGGCAUCAAGAGUUUACUGGUUAUUAAUUUUAUAAACGAUAUGGGUACAGCGAGUUGGAAAAAAUUCAGUUACCUGGAGAUGAUUGUUAUCUACCUACAGCUCCUAGUUGGAGACGACUGUAGACAAGACAUGCUUGCUUUACAACUUGCAUGCAAUGCACAUACAAUUUGUGACAGUGAGCUGAUACCAUUUGGAACCGGACUAUAUCCCAUCAUUUCCAUUAUAAAUCACAGCUGCUCUCCAAAUUCAGUUCUUGUAUUUGAAGGCAGAAUUGCAACUGUGCUUUGCAAAUCUUAUCCUACUGAAUUCAUACAAUAUUUCCAUUAUUGUCGAUCUUUGCGAUUUAAGGACAAACCAGAUUAUUCUUACUUGAAGAGGCUUUCCGUGAACUUUUCACUAGAGAAGAGAAAGCAGAAAGGGCCAUGGACCCCACCUCCAAAAGCCAUUGACAUCUCAUCAUCCCCUCCAACACCAUCCGGGACCCACGCAACCCCUAUUACUGUCCCCACUCCAUCUCAUAAUCUCACCACCUCUUCAGUCCCUCCAGGUCCAACUCUGUGGGGCGUUUUAGACAAUUCAGUCUCAGUCUCCACCAUCCCUUCCUCAUCUAUAAACAAGGAAGAAGAAGGACAAUUCCGUGGAAGAACUGAAAUAGCACUAGAUCAAAGAGAGAAAUUUCUACAGAGAUUCCAACAAGUACAACAAGGAAGCAGCACCCUCUUGGUAUGCCUCCUAUUUCUGGAGGAACAAGUCAAUGAUGUUAAGGACUUCAUUGAUGACUAUGCGGAACAAAAUCAGGAGGAUUUUGAUGAGUUUGAGGUGUUGAUAUGUUAUACAUCACCUUAUCACUAG